AUGCGCCUGCCGCCGCCGCUCCUCCGCCUCCUGCCCUUCGCCUGCUGCCUCCUGGCCAGCCCGCCCGACUUGUGUCCUCGGAGCUUGGAUUGCACGCUGAAGAGGCGGGCAUUUUGCCCUCCUGGAUCCCACACCUGCGGACCUUGUCUCCCUCAGUUUGUUGAAGAUGGAUACGGCAAAUGUGUCUCGAAGGAAGAAGCAGCCAGAGGACGAUCUUCUUUUCCCAACUUAGAGGAAGAAAUUGAUUUCCUAGCUGACACGUUGUCCAAACAGGAUGCUGCCCACCUGCGCCACAGUCAGGAUGAAACCCCAACCCCUGCAGGUGAACAUCUCAAAGUUGGCGCGGUGAUGGCCAAGUCCUCACAAAAGAGUCGGGCAGGACACCUGGCUGCAACGUCUCUCCCUUCCUCUUCCACAGAGGCUGUGAAGAGCUCUCCGGUGGAAUCUUUGCACAUGUCUUCAAAUGAUGCCCUUGUCCUUGGUAUGAUAAUAGUGUGCACCAUUGCUGGGAUCUCUGCUCUGAUUGUGGCAGCUGUUUGCUGGUGCAGGCUGCAAAAGGAAAUCCAGCUUGCACAGAAAGCGGACUAUCCAGCUCACAAUCUACCAGGCCCUCUGUCCUACGAUACGAUCUCGCCUGGAGACAAAAAGCUGGCGCAGAGUGCUCAGAUGUACCACUACCAACAUCAGAAGCAACAAAUGCUCUCCAUGGAGAAGCAUAAAGAAGAGCCCAAACUGCCAGAAUCUGCAUCAUCUGAUGAGGAAAAUGAAGACGGGGACUUCACGGUAUACGAGUGCCCGGGGCUUGCUCCUACUGGUGAGAUGGAGGUGAAAAACCCACUCUUUGAUGACUCCUCCUUGCGUCCCCCACCCCCCAAGCUGCACCCCUAACCUCCGGCCGAACACGCUGUGGACUCUG